CGGCGGCGCAAAGUUUAUGGAAUUUUGACGCGAAACUCUUAGUUACUUGUUUUUAGUUUUCUAUUUUUCAAUGAAUUUCUGCUCGACAGCUACGAGAAGAGCUGUGAGCAGUUGAGUUUCCUGGAGUAAGAGCAAACAAUCUUGAUAGGUGUAGUAUACUUGAUGUUUAUGUUAUUGUGGUUGGUUUAAUUUUAUAUCCAACAUGUCUAUCGUAUGGCUAGUGGUCGUGUUGCCAAGCCAUCAUCACCUUCAUCCAUGAUCACACAGCCUCAUGAAGUCUCCUCGCAAACUAUGGAUGAACAUGAAGUAUUGGCAAGGUUAACGGAUCAAACCAACCCGUCUGUUAGGGCUGCUGUUAUUGAGGAAUUGAGAGCAAGCGUUCGUCGUAAUGGAGGACGACUGACGUUUGAAGAUCGCCAUGGUUUAUUUCAUGUUUUUCAGAGUUCACUUUGUGACAGCGAUCCUAACUUUCGUUUACGAUGCAUCGAGUUUAUAUCGGAAAUUAUUCCCGAGUUUGGUACAGAUCUUGACAACUGCAUGACCUUAAUACUUCCACAGUUAGUGUCCAACCUCGGUAAUCAUACGGUUACUGUAAAGAAAUCAGCCAUACAAACGCUACACGUUUACAUGAAAAACUCUAGCAAUGUUGGUGCUGUAUUCAACGCUAUCAUUGAACAUGGGUUAGAGAGUGAAGAUAAAAGAACUAGAAUGGAAAGUCUUGUAGCUUUGCCUAUUCUCAUCACUCCAAAUCUUGCUCACGAGGAUCUAUUCAUACUCACCAAAGCACUUGUAGGAAUACUCGAGGGCUCCUCUCGAUCACAACCCACGGUCCUCUCUCUCGAUAGAAUACGAAGUGUUGUUGGAGAAGAAAACUUUAACGACUAUCUCCGGCGAUUACCAAGUAAGCAACAGAAUGUAUGCUCAGAGGCAAUACAGAAGUUGGGACAAUUUUACCGAGAAGAUAUAGAAAUGUCUAACCUACGCAAGGCAAAGAGUGCCAGCCAUUUGAACACUAAUGGAGUUUUGGGUUCUAGCGAGGACAAAGUUAACGGCGAAAAACAUAAUUUUGACCGAGGACACACUAUUGCUGUAACAAAGGGAUAUUCUGGAAGAGAAAAUAUUAAGUUUAAUAACGAUGAACUUGUAUUUGGUUUUGUACCUCAUUCUGUGAUUGCCAAACUUCGAGAUCAAAGUAACUGGAGAGUUAGAGCGCAAGGUAUAGAGGAGUUAAAAACUGUUAUGGGUUACCUUGGAGAUACUUCGCCAGUAUUACCGCAUCUAGCAUCUCUUUUUGGAUUACUACUUGAUUUCUUAGAUGAUAUAAAUUUCAAGAUUACAGUAACAAGCCUUCAAAUUCUUGGUAUCUUAAUCUCAAAACUUGGCCAAAAUGCCAAGCCAUUCCUAAAACCUUUGGUCAAUACCCUGACCAAUAAGUUGGGAGAUAACAAGAUUGUUAUUCGACAGGAAAAUAUGAAAGUAUUAAUGCAGCUCAUGCAGAUUCUUUCUCCUAAACCUGUAUUGAACGUGCUAACGGCAAGUCUACAGCACCCCAAAUCUAAAGUGCGUGAAGAAACUCUCAAUGUUGUCAUUGGUGCUUUAUUGACUUUCCCACGAUCUGACUUUGAUCUCCCAGAACUGACUAAUGCCAUUGCACCAGCGCUUGCUGACAACAAGAGAAAGGUUCGACAAGCUGCACUUGAAGCAUUUGCUGUGAUUGCACAAGCAAUGGGACCAGGGCAUUUAAGUCCUAUUGUAUCAGCUGUCGAUAAGGUGGAGUUGACAAAAGGUGGAGAUGGAGUCAUGGCUGCAGUACAAGCAAGGCUUGCUCGUCGACAGCUUCCGAGGUUAAACAGCGAUGGAUUGGUAGAGUAUGCUAUACCUAUACCCUCGUCAGGUACAGUAAGAGGACAGAAUAACAGUCAACGGGGUGCAGAUAUUGAAUGGGUAAUGGCUGGGACUGGAGGAAGUAGUUCUGCCGAUGUUACCAGCUCUGCAAGAUCUACUCCAGGUCUAAAUGAUUCUAUGAACAACUCUGGGCCAAGUCCUCGGCGUUAUUAUAGCGCAGGAAGAAAUAGACUCCCAUGGGAGGAUGCUAAGGACUCUAUCUUGAAUCAGAAUGACAAUUCUGAUCAAAAGCCACAGCUGGUAAGAAACUCUUGGGUUCCAACAGAAAUAGUCAAUGACCGUUCACCCAAGCGAAGCUCUUCUCAACGUCAGGCUGGUAGUGCCCCCACAAGCACAUCUAAACUAACAUCGACAUCAUACACUGAAAAAUACCUUAGAAACUUACAUCAAUCUCACCAAGCAUCACCUGAAGCACACAUGCCUAAGCCCCCAGAUUCAAGCUCAUCAUCAUCAUCAUCAUCAUAUGCCGAGAUUUAUCGUAACAAGGUCAAGAAGGAGAAAACUAAAGUGAAUCUGAAUGCUACAGCACCAGCUGCCACACUUGCCAGCUCAGCUACAGCUGCUGGUGCAGGAGGAAGUUAUGCUCUGCUUUACAAGCGUGGAACAAUUCACACUAAACCUAAAGCAAGCAGUAGUGCUGAGCCAGCUUUGGGUGAAGGACAGAAUAAGGAUAUUAUGACAAGAGGUGCCCAUUCUGCUACCCCUACAGGAUUACCUGCAAACAGUCCAUUCUCUCCUACAGAUGAGGAAUUGUUUUUCUCUCAAAGGAAAACCUUUGGUAAUUCGCUGUCCAAUUCCUGGCCUGACUGGACUGACUCAUAUUCUACUGGUAGACCACAUGGUAGACUAUCACCAGUAUCUCAUGUUCCAGUGGCAGAUCUGGAUGGAACAUUUGAUAUAGAUCCUGAUGCUAAAAGAAGUGAACCUCCCACCCCAGUCCACAUCAAACCUCAACUAGCGCGUUCUGCAUCCAAGAUUCGUGGUUUGAAAACACAAGACUUGAAUGACAGUGGUAUUGAUCCACUGGAGACCUCCCUGAACCGAACUGUUCCUCUGGCUCCAGUAACGAGUAGUGGUUAUGGUGCUGUACCAGACCUAUUCCAGCCCCCUAAAGACUCCCUCAAACAGGUUCACGAUCAGGUAUCCAAGAGAUCACACAGAAUGUACCCUGUAAGCAGUGACAGUGAUGACAGCUCAUUCUACACGUACUCACCACAGGAUUCUUCUAAUGGCUCCAUCAGGUCUCCUGAAGAAGAAGGUGAAACAUCACCUGUCAAAGCAUCUCCUUUCAGUGGAAAACCACGUAUGGCGACGCCAGUACACUCGAGAAGAAUUCACUCAGGCCAUGGAUCUACAGCAGUAGCGGCACUGAACUCGCCAUCUGUUCCUAGGGAUGCUAGUGAUACUGAUGGUUUAGGAGUCAAAGGCCAUAAGAUAUUCUCUAAAGACAUCGGUGGAAAGCACUCGUCCUUGAUUUCUCAGGACAUUCGUAGCGAGACACCAAAUAAAACGUCUGGUAUGGGCAGUAGUAUCUCUAGUGAAGACGAAGUGAGUAACAUGAGGGAGGUCUCUGUCGUUGGACAAGGGAUUCUUAACACAGAAAAGACAAGGGCUGACUCUAUCGAUGGGAAAGAUGGCACAGCAAAGACAAGGAACGGCAAGUUAGAGUACGAACCAGAAGAUGAAGAGGAAGAAGAAGAGGAUGAGGAAGAAGAAGAAGAAGAGGCAGAAGACGGAGAUGAAGACGAGGACGAAGAAGGCGAGGAAGAGGAAGAAGACGAUGACGAUGACUCUGGGACUGUAAAAGCCGAAAGUAAUGGAAAAGCAAACAGUGAUGAAGAAGAAGAGGAUAAAGUGAAGAAAGACGAAGAAGACAUAAUAGAUGACGAGGUGGAUGAAAGCGAGGAAAGCAGCGACAGCGAUUCUGAUUCAGAGGAAAAGAAAACUAAUGAACAUAAAAUGCAACGUGAUAUGACACCCAGAACAAUGCGAAAAAGUCUUUCCAAGUCGACAAGAGAACGCAUGCAAAGAAAAAAACAAUUGGAGGAAGAAAGGCUCUUGAAAGAACAACAGAAGGCGGAAAGCCUGGAACGUGAGAAAAUGAAGGUGGUUCAGAUGAAUAAAGACAAGGAAGAGCAUCUGAGAAUAAAGAUUAAAAAAGAACRGCAAGAACUUGAAAGGAUGCUACAAAAGAAAGAGAAAGAAAGAGAAAUGGAAAAGCAAAAACAAAAACAACUUCAAGAGCAGCUCUUACUGCAAGAGAAGGCAUUGACUGAACGACUACAGAAGCAACAGGAAGAACUGGAGGAAAUCGAGAAAGAAAAACAGAGAGAGAAAGAGAAGGAAAAGGAAAGGUUAAGAGAAAGAAUGAGGCAGAAGCAACUGAAGAUUCAAAAAGAAAAAGAACAGUCAGAACUGCUCCAGGCAGAGAAAGAAAGAGAAGACGACAAGGCGAAGCUGCAACUGAGAAAGGAGAAUGAACUGAAAAGGAAGCUGGAAGUUGAAGAAGCGGAAAAACGAAAAAGACAACAGCAAGCAGCAAGAGACAUGAAAGAAACGCUCGAAGAUAAAGAACAAGGUUUGAGUAUUACUGGUUCAAGUACGCCCUUAAAACAUCCACUGGGGAGAACACCAAGGAAGAAGAUACCGGUGUCAUCAUCUGCGCAUUCUGAUCGGGAUGACUCAUAUGCUACGACAGACGACCCACAAGACAACCGACGACAUCUUUCAGCAACAUCAUCCAGCUCAUCAGCAGCAAUCUGGGAAGUCAAACUAGAAGAUCUACAACCGUUUCCUAAUAGCGAUACUGCUGUCAAGAAUGCUCUCAAGUAUCUCGCCAACACAGAAGACUGGGAACAGAAAUGUGAAGGUUUACAGCACAUAAGAAGACUAUCCAAGCACCAUCCAGACACACUAGGUCCUCAGUUACAUGCUGUUACACUGGCUGUCAUUGCCGAGGUCAAGAAUCUACGUUCGCAAGUAAGCAGAGCUGCAAUCUGUUGUCUUGGUGACAUGUUUACUUGUUUUGGAAGACAAAUGGAUACAGAUCUUGAAGUCUCGUGUAAAAUCCUUAUCACCAAGAGUGGCGAGACUAGUGGGUUCAUAAGAGAUGAUGUGGACAAGGCUAUGUUAUCUAUGGUACACAACGUCACACCCACCCGUGCUUUGGUAGCCAUAACAUCUAUUGGUUGUGGACAUCGCAGUGCAGCAGUUCGUAAAACAUCAGCUAGUUUCCUGAGUGUGGUUGCAGAGAAGAUAGGAGCCAAUCGAUUGAUGAGUGGAGCUAAAGAUGUUACUGACAGGAUCCUUCCUGCAGCAGYCCAGUUUGCUACUGAUGGCGGCCCGGAGACCAGAUAUUAUGGAAGAAAAAUCCUCUACAUAAUACACGAACAUCCAGAGUUCGAAAAACUCCUCAGCAAACACGUGGCAGCCAAUUCACUGCGUCAAGUUCGAGAUAUCGUGGACAAUCUGAAAACUAAGGGUCUUGGUGAUCCACCUAGUGAUCAUACCUCAGCACGUCAACGUAAGAACCCAACCGGAAGUGGUUUCAACUCCCGUAACGGAAGUGGCGGUAGUAGUAAGAGUUUCUCUAGAACUAGUAAUGAUUCUAGCUCACAGUCAAGUGCGGUUAACUCGCCAGUGACCUCAAGGGAAUCUUCUCGCAGUGGAAAGUCAGCAACUCGUGAUCUUGCUAUUAACGGCGAAGAGUUUAUUCCCGAGGUAGUGACUCUACUUUCUGCAAAUGACUGGAAAGAACGUGUACAAGGGCUGGACCUGAUUGUAGAACUCGCUGAUAGAAAUCCACAAGGGAUGGGCUCCAAAUUCACCAAGGUGUUUGAUAGUUUUAUACCACGUCUUACAGACUCCAACAGCAAGGUCAAUCUCUACGCUUUACAGUGUCUGCCACGUAUCAUCCCAUCACUGGCCAUCCAAUCAGGAGCUCUUGUUCCUCCUAUUGUAGCAGCUCUUACGAGCAACUUAGCAUCCAAGAACCCUAGUAUUCUCACAACAGCUGACGAGGCAUUAACGGUCUUAACCAAACAUAUAGAUCAUAUAUCUUUGGUACAACCAUUCUGUACUACAUCACAGUAUGGCAACACUCGAGUCAAACCGGUCAUCCUUGACAAGCUGUGCUUGGUGAUUGAAGGAGUUUAUUCGCGUAAACCACAGUUGAUCCAGCGAUAUGUUGUUCCACUGAUCUGGCAACUGCUAGGCUCUGCUUCUACUGGAAGUGCAGGAUCAGGGACAAGUGAUAUCAAGAAUGCUACAGUUAAGCUUACUACUCUAGUGUAUUCUUGUAUGGGAAAAGCGUUGUUGGAUCAAUCAUCAACACAAGUACCUAGGAUACGUGAAAAACUCCUAGAGAUAACAGGAGCAGAAUUUUAAACAUUCUGUUCAAUGCUAAUUUAGCUACACGUUUAUCAGUCUAAUCUAGUCUAAGCUAAGAACAUUGCAUGUUGUGAACAUGAAGAGCGUAACGCCAAGUUAUCGAACGAGUACGACGUGAAGAAAUGUAACAAGUAUGACACGAAGUAGAGUGCUUACCAUAUAUCCGUUAAAAAGUUAACCAACACAAUUGUACAAAUUAGUGCAAAAUUUUGUAGGUCUACGGACUACUGAGGUCUACUGGACUUAUUUUCAGAUAUAUGGUAUGACUAUUGGAACGACCUAGUAAUAUAUAAGAAAGUAAUAGAACGUGUUAAUAGGAGUUAAUUUUAAUAUAUUUCAUGUUAUAUGCAUGACGUUCCUUUCAGGAGUAAUAUAUAGUCACUUGCUCAAUUCUAACACAUUGUGUUAGCAGUAUGGCAAGUUUGGGUACAUUCCGUUUGAAGCAAAAUAGUGGUUCAUAUAGGACAAUUAAAUAGAUUUAUUUCCCAAAUCUAAUGCAUGUAUUUUUAGGAGUAAUAUAUAGUCACUUGCUCAAUUCUAACACAUUGUGUUAGCAGUAUGGCAAGUUUGGGUACAUUCCGUUUGAAGCAAAAUAGUGGUUCAUAUAGGACAUUUAAAUAGAUUUAUUUCCCAAAUCUAAUGCAUGUAUUUUGGGAGUGCUACAGGCAAUAUGGACCAACAGGCCACAAGGUUGCACGCAGUCCCAUAUAUUGCCUUCGUACAUUAUCAAAGCAAUAUGUUGAUCUUAAAAAUGCAUGAUUAAUGCUAUUGAAAACUGCCGCGUUUUUGGCAUGUAACUUAUCUUUCGGAAUUGAUUWUUUUUUUUUGUAAAAUAGUUUAAAAGCUGCAAAUGCUUUAAUUUAAAUUAAGGGUUUCUGUAAAUAGAAAAAUUUAGCGUGAAUAUGAACUAAAUGUGUGAUCAAUAAACAUGGAUUGUUACU